UGUAUAUUUUAAAAAAUUAUUAUUCUGUGUGAUCGUUUUAUAAUUGUUUAUUGUAUCUAUAUUUUAUUAUGUUAUUUUCUCACUAGAUAAUAAUUUUUAAUUAAAUUUGUUUAUGUUUAUAUUUUAAGUACCAAAAACAUGAAAAUACUUGGAUUAAAAUUUAAAAAUCAUUAAAAUUGUUUUCAUAUUUAAAAAAAAAAAAAGAAUUUAUGAUUUAAUUAUUUAUCUUUUUCUUUAAAAUGCAAUGGUUUUUAUCGAAUUAUGAAUUAUUUAAAUCAGUUUAAUAUUACCUCACUAAACACAAUGCAUCAAAAUCAUUUUAAUCAAGCAAAUCAAAACUCCCGUUUUCAUCAUCCAACAACACCGUCUAUUGUUGAUCGCAUUGUUUUUCCUCAAAUGGUUAAUGAUGUCAGGUAAGUGACAUCAAACAGAUUUUUAGUACUUUUUCAUAUAUAUAAUACAAAAUACAAAUUAAAUAUAUGAAUUAUAUUUUUAGGUACCAAUCAAGUAACAUAUUUGAUCCUAAGCAUUUAGAUCUACAAAACACAUUGAAAUUAGAUAGUAAUUUUAAUGGGAAUAUAGAUUUUUUCAAAAAUCACGAGAAGAAUGAGUUUUAUGACAACUAUAGACAUGUUGAAACUCAGUUAUCUUCUAAAUCAAAUUCUUAUAAAAAUUCUGGGCGCUCACAAGUAGUAGAAGUCAAAGCAAGAAUAUCAGUAGAUGUAUCUACUAUGACCGAUCCACUAACUAUAGAAGAACAAGAAAGGCUUGGUCAGUGGGAAGGUUUUGCUGCUGUACAAUCUGGUAAUAAAGUUGCUGAAUACCUUACAAGCCUAAGAGAAUUUCUUAAGGUAAACUAUAUAUGUUAAUUUAAUUUAAUUUGCCAUGGUUAAAAUGUUAGUCAAAAAAUAUUUCUAAUUAAAAUUUAAUUUUCUAUAUAACUAGUUGUCUCCUCCACAAGAAGGAAAACGAAGACAAGGAUUGGGAGAUGUUAGAAUAGUUACAUCACCUGAUGGUUCUCGAUUAUACUGCUGCUCUGAAUGUUUAAUGGCAUAUACUGAUAAAACUGUUUUAGAACAUCACCUAGCCAAUCAUAAGGUAAAAUAUUUAUAUUAUUUUUUAUGUUCCGAUAUGUCUAAUAUAAAUAGAUCUUUAGGUUGAACGUAGAUUUAUAUGUAUAGAAUGUGGUGCUGGUUUAAAACGUAAAGAGCACUUAGAUAGACACCAAUUAAGUCAUAGUGACCAAAGACCAUAUACUUGUGCAGCAUGUCCAAAAACAUUUAAGCGUAAUGAACACUUGGCUCGGCAUUAUAUUGUACAUUCUGGAGAAAAAGCACAUGUUUGUGUUGAGUGCGGGAAAGCAUUUUACCGCCGUGAUCAUUUACAAAAACAUGUUCAGGGUCAUAUUACCAAAAGACUCAAAGCUGUAAUCAAUGCUGUUGUUUAAUUAAAGUAAAUAGUACUUAAUUUUAACUCAUAUUAUACUAUUGCUUUUUCUACAAAUCUAGUCUUUAUGUUGCCAAUGAUUAUUUAUUUUAUUUAAGUUAAUAUAAUUAUGUAGUGUGUUCCUAAUUUAUUUACAAUUAAAACUAAAAUUGUUUGAAAACUAGACCCUAAAAAAUGCUUAAGUAUACUUACAAAACUAAAUAAUUUAAUUGAGAGGCUAAAAAAAAAUACAAUUAUAAUUUACAAUGCACACUUAUAUUUGUUAGGAAAAAAUCCAUUUUAAACUAAAAAUAACAAUUAUAAAUAAAAAUAAAAAUAUAAAUAAAAAAUUAUUCUACAUUAUCUUACAAUAUUAUAUAUUCAAAUAAAAUAAUAAACUAUUUUAAUGAAUAAAUGCAUCACAUUUAUGGUAUAAAAUAGUCUAUUUUUAUCAGUAAAUAAUCUAAGUAAAAAAUGAAAAAAAUUAACUAACUUAUUAAAUAUUAUUUUUCAAAAAUAUUAAAUAUUUGAGUCAGUAAAACUUUUAAUAAGUGAAGUGAAAAUGACAAUUACCUUAAUAUAGUGGUUGAAAACCAAUGCUCCCCACAUCUAUUUUAUAUUGCCCGCUCUGUACAAGUGUAUCAUAUUUAUAUUUAUUAAUUUACCCAUUCUAUAAAAAGAAUCCUUUGUUAGGUAUCGAAAUAAAGAAAAAGUUAUAUGCCCCAUUUGUCAUAAAUUUAUUAAAUUCAUUAUCUUGAAACUUCAAUACAAAUUUAAUAAUUUCUUUUAACAUUUAAAAUUAUGUGCACAAUAUUUUAAAUUACUUGUCAACCCAUUUGAUAUUGACAAUAUACCUGUUUAAGUCUCAAUUGGAAAUAAUGGAUUUAUAAUAUAAGAUAUUCAUAAAAACCUUUUUAAACAAUAGCCUUUAUAUUUGUUUGCUGAACUUACUCUAUAUUUUAAAUAAUUAGAAAUAUAGUUUCAAAUUACCACAGUAUAUUUGGACCUACAUUUCUUAUAUGAAAAAAUUGAAAACUCACACAGAUCACUCUAAACAGGUGACUAUUUCCACCAUGUGCAUAGAGCGCAUACAAGUAAUUUUGAUUUGGAUAUUGAAAAAAUUGUGAACUGUAUUCAAACACAAAAACAAGAUUAGUCUUUAAGCAUACUAUUUGUUUUUGUAUGUUACAAAAUACAGUUGUGAUUUCUAAAUUUUCAUGUAAAAUAUUAACAUAUUGAGAGAAAGUGUUGAGUGCAUGUGCUAUAUCUACAUUGCAAACGUACAUUAUAGCAAAAUUGUAUUUACUAGAGUCAACUUGGUACUAUAAGUUUUAAUAUUAGAGGGAAUUAACCUAUUAUCAAACAAGAGAUAAGAACAUAAUCUAUGCAACAUUGGCACUAUUUUUUCUACGUUUUAAUUUUCAAAUGAGAUAAUACAACCAUUAUUAAAUUAUUGUAUUUCAUAUACUCAUAUCUCUCUUAAAAAAAAAAUAUCAAAAAAAUAAUGCAAAUGUUAAACAAUAAUGAUUUUAUUUUGAAGUUUUAUAUCAGGUUAAUUACAUCUAAUAUUAAAACGAAUAGUAAUAUUGUCUCUGAUGAAAUGUCAUACAUUUGUAAAAUGAAGAUAACAUAUUCAAGUAUCACACUUUCUUAAUUAAACAAAUUUAAAAUAAAACUAUCAAAUUUUAAUUUUUGAAUUUGAUCUUUUGAUCUUAGAGAGCAAAAAGGUUGCUGACCACUUCCACUGUGUUAGAAAACAAAGAUUUUAUUUUAAAAUAAUUAUCAUAUUUUGAAAAUCACAAAUAUUAUUUUAUUAAAUGGUAAUUAAAAUAUUAUCAAUAUUAUAAAAUACAAUAGUUUUAAAUUCGGUUUUUUUUUUUUAAAUAAAUAAAUAAAUUUAAUAAUAAUAAUAAAGUAAUCAUUAGUUAUUACCAGUCAGCACUUUAAUGCAUUUUUAUUUCUUUUUAUCUGGUUAACUUUUUCACAUGCUUAGUAAAUAUAUAAUAAAUAUUUCACAACGCUUGUGAUUAAAUGCUCUAGUUAUUACUUAUUUCUGUAAAUUACUUUUACAUGUUUAUUAUUAUAAAACUCUUUAUGAAUACAAAUUUUCAUUUUGAUUUUUAAUCAAGUAUUAAACCAAUUAGCUAUAUUGAAAUAAUGCUUCAACUAAAAUAAAAUACUUAUUAACAUUGUUAACAAACAAAAUAAAUCACAUUUAUAUUUAAUUAUGCAAAGUUUUAUAUAGUAUUUUACAAUAUUAUAAUAAUUUAUGUUAUUCGUAAAUGAAAUAAUGAUUCUUUAAGACUGUAUAUUUACCUAUUAACAUCAAAAGUUAAUUUUUUUUUAUUAAACUCAGUAGUUAUGUGUUUCUUAAAAUAGUUGUUAAUUAAUGUAC